AUGGCGAUCUGUACUUAUAACGCACGUACGCUUGCAUCGGAAGCGGCCAUCGAAGAUCUGAUGAUGCAAGCCAAGAAGAUCAAGUACGACGUCAUCGGACUGACCGAGACGAGACGACGUCACCCUCUCAACGCCGUAUAUGAAACUGGAGAAGAACUGUUCUUAGGAACAUGCGACAGUAGAGGUGUUGGUGGAGUUGGCGUCCCCGUCAACACGAGUAUGGCAAAGAACAUCGACUCUUUUGAACAACUUACGACCCGAAUCGGACGUCUGCGGAUGAGAAGAUGUGGCCCAAUACCAGCUUUGACUAUCUUCGUCGUUUACGCUCCAACAUCAAGCUACGAAGAAAAAGAAGUCGAAGCUUUCUAUAUGGACCUGGAGAAGUUCUACCAAGAAGAUCAUGCCUUCUACAAGGUCAUAGUUGGCGAUUUCAACGCUAAGGUUGGCCCAAGAAGAACGCCGGAGGAACUUCACAUCGGGACCCACGGCCUACAAUGGAAUGACCAGGGAGAGAGGCUCUCCGAGUUCAUGAUGACGACUAAGAGCAUCCAUGGGAACUCGCAAUUUCAGAAGCCCUCUUCUUUACGCUGGACGUGGGAGUCACCCGGUGGAGGGUACCGUAAUGAAAUAGACCACAUCAUCGUCAAUAAAAGGUUCUGCCUGACGGACGUCGGUGUUGUACCAAAGUUCUAUACGGGAUCGGACCAUCGCCUCCUCCGAGGAAAAUUUUCCUUCACAAGAGAGAGCCGCCAAGUUCAGAGAGAGAGAGAAAUCCCAUAA